CUGCUCCGAGCCACGAUGUCGCAACUGUCACACCAAGUGUCUCUGACACUGGGGUCCACCCGACCAGACUCUCUCUUCCUCCCUCUUCUCCCCAGUCCCGCCGGCCCCAAUUCACCAUUUCUUCGCCGCUUCGCCAAGAGAAGCCCCCACUCCGCGCGAGGCGACGGGGGAGACUGGUCUGGAGAGCAGGAACGAGAGAGGCGAAGCCUUAGACCUAGCGCUCGACCCUCCUCACCGAUGGCCGUCCUCGUCCUAGUCCUUGUCCUCGCCGCCUGCGCAGCGCUCGCGCCGGUGGCUUCCGCCGUGCCCUUCAUCGUCCUGCACGGGAUUGGGGACCAGUGCGGGAACGACGGAAUCGCCUCGUUCACUGAUGAGCUCGGGAAGUGGUCGGGGUCCAAGGGCUACUGCAUGGAAAUUGGGAGAGGAUCAUGGGACUCUUGGAUAAUGCCACUGCAAGAGCAGGCAAAUGCAGUUUGCAACAAGGUAAAGGAAAUGAAAGAUCUCCAUGAAGGUUACAACAUAAUUGGCCUUUCUCAGGGGAACUUAAUUGGCCGUGCAGUGAUUGAGUACUGCGAUGAUGGACCACCGGUAAAGAAUUUCAUCUCAAUUGGGGGUCCUCACGCUGGUACUGCUUCAGUGCCUCUUUGCGGUUCCGGCAUCCUUUGUAUUCUUGUUGAUGCUCUGAUUCAAUUGGAGAUAUAUUCAAACUAUGUGCAGGCACACCUUGCUCCUAGUGGUUACCUAAAGAUUCCCACUGAUAUGGCAGAAUAUUUGAAGGGAUGCAAAUUUCUUCCAAAGCUUAAUAAUGAGAUACCAAGUGAAAGAAACGCUACAUACAAAGAAAGAUUCAGCAGCUUGGAGAACUUGGUGUUAAUCAUGUUCCAGGACGAUGCAGUCUUAAUACCUCGGGAAACUGCAUGGUUUGGUUAUUACCCUGAUGGCUCUUUUAAUCCAGUGCUACCUCCUCAGAAGACAAAACUAUAUACUGAAGACUGGAUCGGCUUGAGGACUCUGGACGAGACCGGGCGCGUCAAGUUUGUGUCAGUUCCAGGAGGUCACCUCCGCAUCUCCAGGAGCGACAUGAAGAAGUACAUCGUGCCUUACUUGAAGCCGUCGUGUGGAUCAUUGAAGCAGAGUGCUCGUCGGAUCUUGUUGGAUUGAGGAUAGAACCACGCGUGUAUCGGUCUUUGUAAGCCCUGCUGCAUCAAUUGCUGUAAAAAAUACACUGGUGAAAAGGAGAGAAAACGAAGGAAAAAAAUCACGAAAAGAAUACAGAAAGAGUUGGGAUUGUAAAUGUUUACCUGCGUUGGGCAAAAUGGGGGAAAUCAUACAAGUCAAAGUGUAAUGGUUUCCCUUCCGAUCACCAUGGAGUCAGGUUUGGGCAAA